CAGCCAGAUGAAGGUAAACGAAUCUUGCCAGCGCGCGUUUUUCGGCAGUAAAACCUUCGCGCCAGUGGUGGCAAUGAAGGCUAUGGCAGCCACCCCAGCUAAAGAAUACGCUGAGGUUGCGGUGAAUAUUUCCGGGGCAUUGGACGUCAUGGUGUAUAGUGAUGUUGUGAGGGAGCGCAAUGGCGAACUUCUCCCACGUUUACUUUCCACUGUACUUUUAUUUAGCAGACACGAUCAUCGUCGUCACGCGCUCACGUUUCUGAUUGCGUCCAGCAACACAUCACACUAAUUAUAAAUCUUGGUAGUACUGUCCAACAGACGACGAUGGUGUCCUACUCCCUUUCAGAAAACGCGUACCUUAAGAUCUUCUUUCAUGCGGCUAAACAUCCUCACCUGCCUGUGAACGGCGUUCUGCUUGGUAGACGAACCUCGGACGUGGUUGUGAUAGAGGAUGUUAUACCACUACUCCAUCACUGGACAAGCCUUAGUCCUAUGAUGGAGAUUGGACUUGAUUUAGCGAAAGGACAUGCUGAAGCACAAGAGAUGACUCUAGUGGGGUACUAUCAAGCGAGCGAGAGACUAGACGAGACCGCUCUUGCGCCUGUCGGCGAGCGGGUUGCACAAAAAAUUCGUGAUCAAUUUACCGAUGCAGUAGCAUUUGUUAUCGACGGCGAUAAGUUAGGAACAGGAGAACCAGCUUUACUCCCCUAUCUACCACAGCCUUCCACGUCAUUCUGGCGGCCCUCCAUAGCGCAAAGUCCCGCAUUCACAACGGGAUCAAAUUUCUCGUUAGCCAAAGCUGAUUCACCCUCGCGCGCAAUUGCCCUCGUUCGCGACCAUAAUCUUCACGAGAAAUUCGGUGACUUUGACGACCAUCUGGAGGAUGUAACGAUAGAUUGGUUGCGGAACAGCGCUUCUCUUAUCAUCUUCUACGGUAUAUCAGAAGAAUCACGAACAUCACCAUUGUUAUCGACUACCAUGACGAUUGCGACUGCUUUUAAAGGUACUCUGGUUCAUUGCCCUUCGUUGGGGCAACUUGAAGUUCUUGAAGAUCAUGUUUUACUCGUGGACCACCAAGGUUUCAUAACUUAUGUAGGACCUGCUGACUCCAAAGCCUCUGAGGAAUUUCUGGCAAAAAUCGACGUACCUAUCACAACCAUACCAUCAGGAGGUUUUUUGCUUCCGACGUUCUGCGAUCUGCAUCUCCAUGCAGCCCAGUUUCUGUUCCAGGGAACUGGUCUCCAUCUUCCUCUGAUGCAGUGGCUAAAUGAGUAUGGGUUCAAGUCUGAAGAAAGCUUGGACAGCCAACCAGAACUGGCAAAGACAGUUUAUGCACGUCUCGCAGAACGCCUAAGAGACGCUGGAACUGGCGCCGUUAUGUUAUUCGGGACGAUUAACAACACAGCGAAUCUAAUCCUUGCAGAGGCCAUGCAGACCAUCGGUAUACGAGCCCUUGUGGGGAAAUUGUCAAUGGAUAUCUCGUCCCGACCCUCCUACGUGGAAUCCUCUGUUCUAUCUUCAUUGCGGUCUGCCGAGGAAUUCAUCGACGACUGUCGUAACCUGGUUAAAUCUCAUGAACCACACAAACGUCUCGUUGAACCUGUGAUCACACCGCGGUUUGUUCCAACGUGCUCGGACGCGCUUUUACAAGGGCUUGGAAAACUCGCUCGUGACAAAGGAGUACGAAUACAAAGUCACCUGGCGGAGGCUCACGAAGAAGUGCAAUGGGUUUUGAGCGAACGGCACAAGGACGAUAUCGACGUUUUUGACGAUUUCGGCUUGCUCACAGAGAAAACUGUCCAAGCCCACUGUACAUUCUUGGAUACGGACAUGCUGUCGCGUAUGGCUGGCAGUUGUUCCGCAGUGGCACAUUGUCCUCUCUCGAAUUCAUAUUUUUCAGAAAAGCCGUUCCCGCUCCGUGAAGCACUGGACCUCGGCGUACCUGUCGGUCUUGGCUCGGAUAUCGCUGGUGGAUAUAGCAUAGAUAUCAUGAACAGCAUGCGACAGGCCGUGGUUGUCUCCAGGAUCAGAGACGGCGCAAGAAAACUGAGCGAUGAUGAACGGUCUCUCGCAGUCGAUUGGAAAGAUGCAUUGUAUUUAGCUACGAGGGGAGGGGCCAUUGCACUUGGCCUUUCAUGUGGAGUCUUCCAAGCUGGCGCUCCUUUUGAUGCUCAAUGCAUCGAACUAUAUAAAGAAAGCGACAAGGGCGUGGGUGCGCUCGAUUUCUUUGAGCCGCAAUCAGGCAUAACAUUGGGUUUACUGGAGAAGUGGUGGUGCAUCGGAGACGAACGGAAUAGGCAUGGCAUUUGGAUACAGGGACAGAGGUUGGAUGGGAAGAAUACUCCGGAUCACACGUAA